AUGAGUCAAGUUGGUUUCUUCACCUUUCUCAUCUAUGAAACCGUUGCUGUCUGUGAUUAUUCUAAUAUCAGUGCUUGUACAUGCGACAAAAAUGAUAAAGUUGGCGAUCUCAAAUGUGGUCAUGAAUUAAAUAAUGUAAAUUGCCCUUAUGAUCCUGGUUUUAUCUUUCAAUGUAAUCCUGGUGAUACCAGCAUUUGCAAAUAUGUGGGUGUUUGCCUGCAUGGUUGCUGUUCAACCGGCGAUGGGUAUAGCCACUGUUGUGCCGACCAACAAUGCACUGGGUGCCCAUCUGGCAACUUUCACCCCAACCCAUCUAAUGCUCCACUGGCUGCACCUGACAAUCCUAACACAAAGCUCAAAAACCCUUAUUCAAAACCCAACAAUCCUAAUUCAAAGCCAAACACAAAUACUACCCUUAAUCCUAUCGCUGAUCUUUUUCAACAUCAUAAUUUUCAACAAAUUUAG